UACAGGCCCAGCCCAAUAAUCAAUCACACAACAAAGGAGGAACCCAUUCAUCGCUCUCUCCUCUCUGCUCCAUCUUCAUCUAAUCAUCUCUCUCCGUCGACAGCGUUGCUCUGUUCCCGACCACCGCUCACCACCGUCCCUGCUCAGUUUUCAGGUUUGGAUUGGCUAUGAUCGACUAGCAAAAAUUUGAAUCUCAAAUGACUAUUCUUUCUCUGUUGCCAACAAACUAUUCAGGAUUCCUUCAUCAAGGUACUCCUCUUCUGCAAUCGAAGUUUUCAGCGACAGUUGGUUAUCACAGAGAUGGUUCUCUUACACCACAAACGAUUUGUAGAACGAAGAUAAAACAAAAAUAUUCAAACCAUAUUAGCACCAAAUUUUUGACGUCUGCUUCAAGAAAUGACCAUUAUAAUAUAAGCUAUGAUGAUUCGCCUGAGGAGCCCUUUUUGCUAGCAUUGAUCAAAGAAUCCUUCUGGGGUUUAAAAUCUUUAUUUGCAUUUUUGAUUGAGCAACCUAGCCAGCUGAAUUACAUAGAGUGGCCAAGCUUUAGUAAUACGCUGAGGACUGCAACACUCACUCUUGUUAUUGUUGCAUUUCUUCUUGUUGCUUUAGCAUCUGUUGAUUCGGCUCUCAGCUUCCUUUUGAAUUUAGUUCUUCGGAAGAGCACGUAACUGUGCAGUACUGUUCAUGUUACCAUUACUAUGUAAGCAGUUUUCUUCUGAUGAUUGUAAUUUGUUUAGGUCCAUCCUUAUCAGCAUGUAACUAUCGACUCCUAUUGUAAACUCAAAAUGAAUAAGUUAUUCAAGUAGCUUUUAUCAAAGCCAUCACUAUAGGUGAAAAAUUGGCUGCAUUGAACGGAAUCUUGUUAACAGAAUUUCAUGGAUAGAAACUAGAUACAGGAUUUGAGGAUAACUAUAGGGAGACGGUUUGAAGCAAUUGGUUGCAUUGUAUGAAAUUUUGUAAAUAUAAACUUCAUGGAUAGAAACUGGAUACAUAAAUAUAUAUUUGAGGAUAAUGUAAUUGCAUGUGGUAGUCUUGUUAUCAAA